AGACUGCUGCGAAUGGCAACCUUUGCUGGAGCUGAAAAUAUCAGAGUUCUAAGGGAUCCAUAUUCCGUUAUCAGCGAUACACUGGCAGAACCAGCCCCAAGAGCACCGUAUUAUACAGGCAGACGAAGGAGAAAAUGGCAAUUUCGCAGUAUUGGUUCGAGUGGCAUCUUACUCAUCCUUACCUGGACAUUCAUCACAACCUGUUCUCUGGGCUUCGCAUUUGAAAAAAUGAAUGGUCCUUAUUGCAGUGCUACAGUUUUCAAAUCUGGGGGUCUUUCUAGCGAGUGCAGUUCCACUUGGAAUAGACCAGGUUACUGGUGGAUCAGAUGCUAACAUUUCUGCUUUCAUACAAUGGCUAUGCUGGGGGUUUUACAGUGGUUUUGCUAUUACUAGCAUCCUAGGAUCUGUUCUCUUAAACUGUUCACGUUUACAACCAAGUGAAGUCAGUAUGGUGAUGUCACUGCUGCCAGUCCUACUGCUCUCUGUGGGACUCAUUUUGGACUUUCAUUUCCACCACAAACUGGUGAAAGAGCCAGUGACUGUCAAUCCAGUGAGUCUUAUUUUCAAAGUCUUGAAAUAUGCAGCAAAGCACAAGUAUCCAGUUCAGAGAAGUGCCUUCACAUACUGUGAAAAUGAACGGCCAACAAGACUGGACUAUGGCAAGUCAAAAUAUGGUGGACCUUUCACCACAGAGCAAGUGGAGGAUGUUAAGACCUUCUGGAGAGUCCUGGUUGUCAUUCUGGUUAUACCUAUGUGUUCAGUUUCACUUAUACCACAGAGUGAAUCAUCAUUCGUCAUUGAUGAAAGGUUUCUCCCAUUACAGUCGAAAACAAGCUGCAUACAGGGAGUUGCACAGAGUAUUACAAAACCCGUUUUUUUACGAUUCUUUUCAUUCCACUGUAUGAGCUACUCAUCUACCCAUGUCUGAGAAACCGAGGUCCCAGCAUCCUCCAGUCUGCUGGAAUUGGAGCUGCAGCACUCAUUGCCUCAUCAUUGUACGGUAUGGUAGCAGGGGUGAUUCCGGAAAUUCUUUCAAGUGGUUCAACUCAAUGUAUGUUCACUAACAACAGCAAUAAUUCGAGAGAAAUGGAAAUAAUAAUUGGCAUUCCUUUUAACUUCUUUUUGGGAUUUACAUCUGUGGUGCUGCCUAAAUCUGGUAUAGAGUUUGUAUGUGCACAGGCACCGUACAAUAUGAAGGGUUUUCUCAUAGGACUUUUCUUUACAGCCCUUACUUUGUUUAUAGUUAUUGGAACACUAUUGUAUUUUACAUGGAGCAAAAAAUGGUUUCCAAUACUCCACUCCAGUACAUGUGGUAUCUGGUUCUACCUGAGCACACUAGUAUUGGCAGUGGUGUCAUCUGCUCUACUGGGCUUGGUCAUACGAUGGUACAAGGCAAGAGAGAGAGAUGAAAUCACAAGAUCUCAAGAUUUAGUAGAAGAAGUAUACCACAAGUACCGCGAACAAGAAUCACAAGAUGAAUCAGGAUAAAAAACAAUAUACUUAAAAUCAUUCAGUGUCAAAUUUACAGUGUUAACCCAAGACAUCUGUGACUAGGGUUUGAUGUAUGUAUGCAUAAUAU